AUGCCUCCACAAAUAAAACAAGACCUCAACCGCUCCGGUUGGGAAUCGACCGAUUUCCCUUCCGUCUGCGAGUCCUGCCUACCAGAGAACCCAUACGUCAAGAUGAUGAAGGAAGACUAUGGCGCCGAGUGCAAGCUCUGCACGCGUCCAUUCACCGUGUUCAGCUGGUCGGCCGACCGCGCUCACGGCCGCAAGAAACGUACGAACAUCUGUCUGACAUGCGCGCGCCUAAAGAACUGUUGCCAGGGCUGCAUGCUCGACUUGUCUUUUGGCCUGCCGAUUGUCGUCAGGGAUGCCGCGCUCAAGAUGGUCGCGCCCGGUCCACAGAGCGAGAUCAACCGAGAAUUCUUUGCGCAGAACAACGAAAAGGCCAUCGAGGACGGCAAGGCAGGCGUGGAGGAGUAUGAAAAAACGGACGACAAAGCGCGAGAGCUGCUGCGGCGGCUUGCGCAGAGCAAACCUUAUUUCCGGAAAGGGAGGGGUGUCGACGAGGAUGGCAACUUGAUCUCGGGACGCGGAGGACCAAGCAGGACUGGCGGCGACCCGGCGGUUGGAGCGGGUGUUGGUGGCCCAGGCCCGAUACGAACGCGGGAUUCCCGUGCGGCGGAAGCAUACACUGGUCGAGGCGGUGGUGGCUCUCGUGGUGGCCGCGGCCGUGGAGGGCGACGUGGGGCAUUCCCGAGCGCGGCACAACUUCCACCAACCGAGAAGGAUUGGCUCCCACCGGACGACAAGACCAUCACCUCGCUGUUCGUCACUGGCGUCGAGGACGAUCUGCCAGAGCACAAGGUCCGCGAUCAUUUCAAGGCGUUUGGCAAAAUCAAGUCACUGGUCUGUUCACACAUGUCACACUGCGCGUUUGUCAACUACGAAACGCGUGAAGCGGCCGAGAAUGCUGCCAUGGAGUGCAAGGGCCGUGCGGUCAUUGCAGGAUGUCCACUAAGGGUGCACUGGGGUAAGCCUAAAGCUGUUGGCACUAUGAACAGGGAGGAGAGGCUGGAAAUGCUGAGGGAUGGGCGGAGCGCCUUCACUCGGGCUUCCAGCAGAGGUUCAAGAGGUGGCGCUGGCGGAAGGGGAGGUCGGCAUGGUGAGGGCGGUGGGGAUGAUGAUGAUUAUGCUGGAGGUGUUGCAGGAGCAGAUGAUAGUGCGCCUGUGGCUGCUCCUCCCGGGGCUGAAGAUGUGCAAUAUGCAAGUCUGGCAGGGAAUUAA